AUGUCAAAGGAAGGCAACUACACUGUACUCACAAAAACAAUCAUGGAGGGUGCUAUAAUGAUGAAACUCCACAAGUUUCGUUGGGGACCAAGCCGGCCAGUCUAUGCAACUUUGGCUCAUGACCUUUUUGUCUGUGAAUGCCAAUAUUUUCUUACAUUUGGGAUACCAUGUAGGCAUAUGUUUGCCGCAAUGAAGCACCUAGACAUGGGACACAUGCCAAAGUCACUUAUUGUGACGCAGUGGACAAUUGAAGCUCAGUCGGGAGAGAUUUCAAUAUGGAAUGAUAGUUGUAUUCAUAGUGAUAAAACCACACUCCAAAAGGCUAGGUUUGGAGAAAUAAGUAAUCGAAUGAAUGAGGUUGCCUUCCUCGCGAGUAGGACCGACUAUGCACAUCGUAUGGUUACACUCGAAAUUGAUCGAAUUUGUGCAACAUUGAAAGAAGCUUUAGUGAUUGGUGGAGAUAGUUGCACGUCCAACCUCCGUAUGCAUAGGGCUUCCCAGUUCAUUGUGCAAGACCCAAAAUUCACCAAAUCUAAGGGGACUGGGAAAAUAGCAGGAACAAGAAAUAGUGUCGGUAGGAAAUGUAGUUUAUGCAAAAAGGCUGGUCACAACAAGUUAACAUGCCCUAAAAGACUUAAGGGAAAGGAAUAG